AUGUGGGUAAAACCUCAAGAAAUAUUUUUGAAAACUCCUCUGUGGGACAACGAUGAAAGCUCAUUGUAUUUUGUUCUUCAAAGAAGAAAGGGGCAUGGUAAAUCAAAGGGUUUUUCGUCACUUCUUGUGGGUACAUUAGAUAGUGUACGUGACACAAAACCAGCUCCGUAUAGAAUUUUACAUCAAACGCCAAAUUCUGAAAUUUACUAUGUAAUCGCUACAGCUUUGACUGAACAAGAAAUUCAACAAGAUUGGCAAUGGCUUUUUGAUAAUGUUUCUCCAACUUUGCAUUCCUUUGACACAGAGGAGGAAGUUACAGAAUUCGUUUGCUGCAAAAUUAAUUCAAUUAUUGCCACAGAACAAGAAAAUUUUACUGAAGAUGAAGAUACUAUUAUGUAUAAAAAUGCAGAUUAUGAAUUUCACCAAAGAUUUUCUAUGCCAAAGGAUGAAAAGUUGGUGUGGUAUUAUUCUUGCAGUUACUGGAAAGGCAAAAUGCCUCGACAGGGGUGGAUGUACCUGUCUGUUCACUAUAUGUGUUUUUAUUCAUACAUUUUUGGACGGAAAACUGCAUUAAAAAUUCGUUGGGCUGAAGUCACAGAACUUGCUAAGACAAAUGGCAUAUUAUUCCCAGAUUCUAUCAAAAUAGUGACUAGGGACAGUGAACACUACUUUACAAUGUUUUUGAAGAAGAAUGAGACUUUUGCUCUUAUGCAGCAACUAGCCAAUAUUGCAAUGAAACAGUUAAUCGACGACAAAUCGGGUACGUUCAACAUCGAUAAGGAUUUACUAACAAAACUAAGCAAAAACGUACCAAAGAAGCCAUCUUUUCUCAAGAGAGACUUGGAUGCAAGGAAACAGUCUAAUUUAUAUACGUUAAGAUUUCGUUUGCCGCAUACUGAAAAACUCGAUGGAUCAGAAGAGUGCACUCUCUGGACCCCAUAUAAUAAAAAGCACAAUUGGGGAAGGUUGUACUUAUCACAGAACUUCAUCUGUUUUGAUAGUCGGGUGCCUCAUUUAGUCCGAUUAACAAUCCCUCUUCGUAACGUGCAUCAAGUAGAACGGGCAGACUCGGGCGGCACAGGUAGUUCAGCGGACUCGGGAAGUAUUCUAAUAACAACAUCCCAUCACGCUAGCUUCCUAUUCGGGAACAUUUCCGACAGAAACUUCCUAGUUCAGAAGAUAUCGGAACUCCUUGCUAAACUGCCUAAUGAUGUGUACAGGGAAAAACCUACGAAAGCUCUUAAUCGAGCUGAAGAAGCGGAUUGGACUCCUCAGCCACCUCUAAUGAUUUUAUUCCGAACACACCAAACUUCGACUAUCAAACAAAUACAACAGAAAAAGGAAAAACAAUGGGAAGAUCACAUGGCAGAAGUAGGGCGUGGAGUCAGUAUGUACAGAACGACAGAAGGCAGUGAACUGGUAGUGAAUGGUAUACCGGAAUCCCUUAGAGGAGAGCUAUGGAGUGUGUUCUCAGGGUCCAUAUUACAGAAAGUACAAAAUAAAGGCUCAUAUGAACGAUGGGUUAAUGAGGCCUUGUCUUCCAAAAAUACCGCCAAUGAUGAGAUUGAAAGGGACUUGCACAGAUCUCUCCCUGAACACCCGGCGUUUCAAAAUGAUAUUGGUAUAUCAGCCCUACGCCGAGUGCUAUGCGCAUACGCACUAAAGAACCCCACAAUAGGGUACUGCCAGGCGAUGAAUAUAGUGGCGUCCGUCCUCCUCAUAUACUGCCCCGAGGAACAAGCUUUUUGGUUGUUGGCAACCAUUUGCGAGACUUUGUUACCUGAUUAUUAUAAUACGAGAGUUGUUGGCGCUUUGGUGGAUCAAGGUGUGCUAGACGAGUUAACGAAAGCCCACUUACCGGAGCUUCACGCCAAACUGGACGAGCUGGGCAUGAUGAGGAUGAUCUCCCUUUCCUGGUUUCUCACUCUCUUCAUCAGUGUAAUGCCGUACGAAUGCGCCGUCAACGUGAUGGACUGCUUCUUCUAUGAUGGCGCUAAAGUUAUAUUUCAGGUGACAUUAACAAUUCUGGAUAUAAAUCGAGAGAAACUCUUAAAAUGCGUUGAAGAUGGUCAAGCAAUGCAGGUUCUGAGUGAUUAUCUUGAAGGGAUUUAUAAUGAUGAAGCCAUGGCGCUGUCCACUGAACCAAGGACAGCAGAGAAGACAAUCAAGAUCCAAGAGCUAGUGUACCAAUCGUACCGGUCGUACGGCGCGGCCGUGAGCGGCGAGUGCAUCGAGCACCUGCGCCUCAAGCACCGCCUGCGCGUGGUGCGCCAGCUCGAGGACAGCCUCGAGAAGAACACGCUGCGCGCGCUGCUGCAGGACGACCUGCUGGACGUGCACGAGCUGCAGGAGCUGUUAAGCGUGGUUCGGGAAGAGCUGUUCUGGGCCAAGCGCGUGCCCUGCGAGCGGCUCGAGGCGCCCUACGAGGCCUACCGCCUCGACUACGGACAGUUCAAGGCGCUGUUCUGCGCUCUGUCUCCGUGGGGCAAGGGCGAUUAUGCUGAAGUUAUCACUGCUAGGAUAUUUAAGCUGAUGGCGCAGGACGGCGCGACGCAGACGAGCGUGCGCGGGCUGGCGGCGGCCGUGGGGCUGUCUGCUCGCGCCGACGCGCCGCGCCGCCUGCGCGCGCUGUACUGCGCGCACGCGCCGCCGCUGCUGGACCGCCUCGACCUGCGCGCGCACUACACCGACACCGGCGAGGAGCUCGCCGCCGACGCUAUCUCCUUCUUUGACUGCACAGAGACCCCGUCCACCCCCGAACCCGUCUUGCAACGCUCUUUUAGCGACGCAGGAGAAACUACAAUGGACAAAUCCACCGACAGUACAUAUAGUCAAUGCGAACAUAAUAUUGUUUUUGUGUCUUUUUCCACGUGCAGAGUCGCAGUACAGCGGGUGCAGCGUGCGCGCGUGCGCGCUGGCGGGCGCGGGCGCGGGGGCGGGGCGGGCGCGCCGCCGCUGCCGCGCGCGCACUUCAUGAAGCUGCUGGCGGCGCUGCAUCACCUCACGCAGCACUCCGCGCCGCUGUACGAGGCCGUCGUGCGCGCCGGCACUCUUCUUUUGCAACUGGGUGAAUACAACCACCGUCCCGCGCUGGACCGCGAGGUGUCGCAGGACAGCUUGUAUUUGGCGGCGGCCGCGCAACCUACUAUUGAGGUGGAUCCCAACGGCAACCCGAGCAUCGAACCCGAAAAAUUGCAAUCGCCGACCAAAGAGUUUGAGCCUUCUGACGAGCCGUCCUGGUCCAUAACACUCGAACAAUUCUUAGCAACAAUGCUAGCGGAGCCCCUUUUGGAAGAAUUCUUCAACAAGAAAACGCCCCUUAUGCAGGAUCUAGAAGCCCUAAGACAGAGGAACAGGUUGCACUCCGUCUCA